AUUGUCAAUGGGUAUUUUGUGCACUACUUUGCACCACCAAAGUUGACUGGCGUGCCAAAAAAUGUUGUUUAUGUCAUUGACAGAAGUGGUUCUAUGCAUGGUACAAAAAUGGAUCAGACAAAGAAAGCUCUACUUAAAAUUCUGAAUGACACUGCAGAGUAUGAUUACUUCAAUCUGAUAAUGUUUGACCAUAAAAUUAUUGUGUGGAGAGAUUCUAUGGUAAAAGCAACCCCAGAAAACAUGGAAGAAGCCAAAAAGUUUGUCAAUCAAAUUGAAGCUUCAGGCGGCACAAACAUUAAUGAUCCAAUGCUGAAGGCAGUUGAUCUAUUGAAAAAAGGAUAUGAAAUGAAACAGGUUCCAGAGAGAAGUGCCUCCCUAAUUAUUCUGCUGACUGAUGGGCAAGCUAACCAAGGUGAAUCAAAUCCUUUGAAAAUUCAAGCAAAUGUAAAGAAUGCCAACAAUGGGAAAUGCACUGUAUAUAGUCUUGCUUUUGGUGAUAGACCGGAUUAUUCUUUUCUGGAAAAGCUGUCACUAGAAAACUCUGGAGUUGCUCGACGUAUUUAUGAAGACUCAGAUGCAGAUUUACAGUUGCAGGGGUUUUAUAAUGAAAUUGCAAACCCAACACUGGUGGAUAUAAAGAUGCAGUAUCCUGAAAAUGCUAUAGCUGAUGUCACACAGAACAACUUCAACCAAUACUUUGAUGGCAGUGAAUUAGUCGUAGCUGGGCGUAUAACUGAUAAUGACUUGAAUUCAUUUACAGUAGAUGUGAAUGCGGAAGGGGCAGACCAGUCAUUGAAAUACAGUGAAAAUAUUGACCUCCAAGAGAAGGACAACAAAAAUCUGCAAUAUAUAUUUGGUGACUUUAUAGAAAGACUAUGGGCCUAUAUCACCAUACAACAACUGCUAGAGAAACGAAUCCAUGCUGCUGAUCCCUCAGAAAAAGCAAACCUGACAGCAAAGGCUCUUGAUCUCUCUUUAAAGUUUAAUUUUGUGACUCCUUUAACAUCAAUGGUUGUUACAAAGCCAGAGGAGAACGAGAAGGAAGAAGAAUCGUUCAUUGCAGAUAAGUUUGUGGAUGGACAGAAAGAUACAUAUGCCACUCAAGUUUCUUCAGCAACAAGAUACUACCAAUAUGCUGCUCCCGCAACUCCAUCUAACUGGGUUGACUCAGAUCCUCAUUUUGUUAUAAAAGUCCAACAAAAGAAUGAUGCUUUGUGCUUUAAUAUACAAGAGGAACCUGGAGUGGUACUGAAUCUUAUUGAAGACAAAGAGCUAGGAAUUGCAGUUAAUGGGGAACUUGCUGGAAAAAAGAAAGAAGAGAACAGUGUGAUAUCACAUGAGACAUAUUUUGGAAGACUGGGCAUUGUAAACAAAAAAAAUAUGCUGAGAAUUGAGGUGACCACUGAGACUAUCACUAUCAUGCAGGGUAAAAUCACCAAAAUGUUCACAUGGGAAAAGAAAGCAUCUGUCAAAAAACAAGGGUUGAAUUUGGUAAUCAACAAGAAAGCAAAUGUGACAUUUACAUUUGGAGAAGGAGCGACAUUUGUUAUAAUUUUACAUAAAGCUCCAAAAGAUCACCCUCUCCACAGAGAUUUCUUGGGCUUCUACACUCUGGAUGAUCACAUGUUUUCUACAGAGGUUCAUGGGCUCUUAGGACAAUUCUUUCAUGGCAUUGAUUAUGAAAUAUCCAAUAUUCAUGAAACCCAUAUUCCCAACAAACCAGAUGCAACAAUGAAAGUUAAGAAUAAGAUCCUUACAGUGACAAGGGGUGUACAGAGAGAUUACAGGAAAGAACGCUACAAUGGCAGUGAAGUUGCUUGUUGGUUUGUUCAUUCCAAUGGAGAAGGGUUGAUUGACGGAACACAUACAGAUUAUAUUGUGAUGGAUAUCUUCAGCAUUGCUGAUUAAUCCAUUGUUUUAAACAUUAUCCAUAGAAACAAGAAGAUGCUGAAUAAUUCAUUGCUAAUAUGUAAAUGUAUUUUUGUGGGAUAAAUCAUUCCUUGUAUAACAGCUGAAAAAUGAAUAAAUCACCAAAUCUA